CUCACUCAAAACCUUUCUUUUCUUGAUUUCCAUAAUGGCUGGGACUGGAGUGUUUGCGGAGAUACUGGAUAGAGAUGUUUACAAGUACUAUGCUGACGGGGAAUGGAAGAACUCUUCUUCAGCUAAAACCGUUGCCAUCAUCAAUCCAACAUCAAGAAAAACUCAGUACAGGGUUCAAGCUUGUACACAAGAAGAAGUGAACAAGGUCAUGGACUCCGCAAAAACAGCACAAAAAUUAUGGACCAAGACUCCACUUUGGAAGCGAGCCGAGCUGCUGCACAAAGCUGCAGCCAUUUUGAAGGAACAUAAAGCACCGAUUGCUGAGUGUCUGGUUAAGGAGAUUGCUAAACCAGUCAAAGAUGCAGUUACUGAGACAACCUUGUUUUCGUUUGAUUUCUUUAAGGUUGUAAGGUCUGGGGAUCUGGUUUCUUACACUGCUGAAGAGGGUGUUAGGAUUCUUGGAGAAGGCAAAUUCUUGAUAUCUGAUAGCUUUCCAGGCAAUGAAAGAACCAAGUAUUGCCUCACUUCCAAGAUUCCACUUGGAGUGAUUCUGGCCAUUCCACCAUUUAAUUACCCUGUCAACCUAGCUGUUUCGAAGAUUGCACCGGCCCUAAUCGCCGGAAACUCGCUUGUACUCAAGCCGCCUACACAGGGUGCUGUUUCUGCUCUUCAUAUGGUGCACUGUUUUCACUUGGCUGGAUUUCCCAAAGGGCUCAUUAGUUGUGUGACCGGGAAAGGAUCCGAGAUUGGCGAUUUCCUCACUAUGCAUCCUGGAGUUAAUUGUAUCAGCUUCACUGGUGGAGACACUGGUAUUGCUAUCUCGAAGAAGGCCGGAAUGAUCCCUCUUCAAAUGGAAUUGGGAGGAAAAGACGCAUGUAUCGUACUCGAAGACGCCGACAUAAAUUUGGUCGCCGCAAACAUAAUCAAAGGAGGAUUUUCCUACAGCGGCCAAAGAUGCACUGCUGUUAAAGUUGUCCUGGUGAUGGAAUCAAUUGCCGAUGCUCUUGUCGAGAAAGUGAAUGCGGAAAUAGCAAAGUUAAAGGUCGGUCCACCGGAGGACGACUGCGAUAUCACUCCCGUUGUGUCGGAAACAUCUGCGAAUUUCAUUGAAGGACUAGUAAAGGAUGCCAAAGAGAAAGGAGCUACAUUUUGUCAGGAAUACAACAGAGAUGGCAAUCUGAUAUGGCCAUUGUUGUUAGACAACGUUCGUCCCGAUAUGAGGAUUGCAUGGGAGGAACCGUUUGGCCCGGUUCUGCCGGUUAUAAGGAUCAACACCAUUGAAGAAGGAAUCCACCAUUGCAAUGCUAGCAACUUUGGACUCCAGGGAUGUGUAUUCACCAAGGAUAUCAACAAAGCAAUAUUGAUCAGUGAUGCAAUGGAGACCGGAACGGUUCAGAUUAAUUCGGCACCGGCUCGUGGACCGGAUCAUUUCCCGUUUCAGGGUUUGAAAGACAGUGGAAUAGGAUCACAGGGAGUUGCCAACAGCAUUAAAAUGAUGACAAAGAUCAAGAGCACCGUCAUCAAUUUACCAACCCCAUCUUACACCAUGGGCAAUGGAGGACAUUCCAAAUUAUGAGGGCGUGAAGAGGGGCUCCUUCUUUCUCGUCUAUCAUCCAUAUCUUUAUCAUCAUUGAAUGA